AUGUCAGCUACAAAUCUUGCAGCCAAUGUCCCUCUCAAUGAAACUGAUGAAGCACGUUUUGCACGCCUUCAAAAGGCGGAUGAUCUCUGGGAACAGCUAUUGGAAAUCGGGCCCUACACUGAUGGAUCCUUCGAAGUUCCACAUGCCGAGAUCUAUCGCCGACGUGCAGAACUAUGGAAAGGUAUCAAAAUAUCGUACUACGAGAAGUACUUGUUCAAAUAUGCGGAAAUCAUCAAAUCCCCUGCAGAAUUUAUAUCGGUAGCAAAAGUCUUGAGGUCCAACCAAAACACCGACGGUAUUAAUACGAUUGCAUACAAAGAACGUGCUGAAAGAGUCGAUCGGUUGUACUAUGAAGCGCUACAUUCCCUAGAAUAUUCACCCACUUACGCCCCUCAAAAAGCAGCCCUAGUAUAUGGAUGGCGUGUUGACAACCUCGCAUAUGGUGAUAUUGAUCCAGAACGACAAGAGCGAUUCCUUCGACAGAAGAUGGAACUUGACGGUAACCCUGACCGCCUGUUGAACUUUAUGGGUAAGGCAGGAGGUCGCGAUCGCGAAAUUCUACAAUUGCUUGAGAGCGCUGAACAGAAGUUUGGUGGGAAGUACGUCACGUUAGUCAAGGACCAAAGAAAAUAUCUCAAAAACAUUGAGAAGAUAAAAAAAUCUUCCGCGAAUAAACCACCUGAUGAUACUCUUAAGCAAGAUCCGGUUCAGAGGAGUAUCAAACGAACACGAGUAGCAGCUGGCUGGCAUGCUUGGAAGGCGCAAAAAUGA